CACUACCACGCUCGCCUUCCCAUUCUCUCGCUCUCUCCCAUCAUGGUGGCGGCGAUGGGGCGAGCGGCGGCGGAGGAGGGUGACGUGGAGUUCGUCGACUACGACCAGGACGACGAGGACGCCAUGGAGGAGGACGGCCGCGCCGCGCGCGCGCUCCCCGUGCCCCGCAUCGUCUCCCCCGCCGUGGUGCGCACCCGCGGGCGCUUCGCGGGUCGCAGCCCCUCCGUUCUCACUUCCAGCCACUACCGCUUCGACUCCAUCACCAAUGACGGAGACCAUGGUCCCGGCCCGCAGCGCUCUAUCGAAGGCUGGACAAUUCUUGUUUCUGGAAUUAAAGAGGACGCUGAAGAAGAUGAUUUUUACAAUGCUUUCAGUGAAUUUGGUCAUGUCAAGGACUUGCAUCUCAAUCUAGAACGCCGCACUGGAUAUGCCAAGGGAUAUGCGCUGAUUGAAUAUGAAAGCUUUGAGGAAGCACAAGCUGCGAUCAGAGCAAUGAACGGGAGUCAGCUGCUCACAAAAACUAUCUAUGUUGACUGGGCUUUCAGCAGAGGUCCAAUACAGAAUUUCAAGAGUACAAGGCCAUCACGCCCAAGAUCUAGGACUCCUCCGCGUAGGCUAGCUGCCUUGAGGCCAUAGGCAGAGUGGUGGCUGCACUUAUUUGUCAGUUCUAACUGAUCGUGUUUUGGCUUUGAGCAGGCGAUAAACACUGUGCGAGUGUGACUAUCGUUUAGACCCAAACCUUGAUUCUGCUAGACCUGUAUCUCACUAUCUGCGCUUAGUUGGUUCAGCUAACUCGUGGAGGCUGCUGUGCUCCGCUGACUUAACCAUUGCUGAAGGUCGUCUUGUGUGUAACGAACCGUAUCACCACGGGAAUGAGGUUUUAUUGGGUGUGCUUUGGGACGCAUCCUCUCGUUUUCUGGUAACUAUUUACCAGUACUAUGAUUUAGGUUUUAAUUCCCUAGAAUAACAAAUUGUCAAAAAUGUUUUGAGAGAA